UUUAUGUUGUAGGUUCAUUCAAACAGAGGUAAAGAUAACCGUUCAAAGCUGACUAUGUCGCAUGCAGCUGGCAGCAAGAGUUAUGCUCGUGUGGGUCAUGAACUGGCCGAGCAACAAGGACGCCCUGCGAGAAGAGAUGAAAUAUAUGUUAGAACACACACGCGUAAGAACAAAGAAGGGGAUAUUGUGCCUCUACCUGGAGCAGAAAUAUUCAUUAAUAAAUUUGAAGAAGUUGUUGCUAAGAACCCAGAACUGAAGGACAGAAGUAUUGAAGAUGGUGAUUUAUAUGCACAUGUUUUUGGAGAGAAAGAACCAAGAGGUCGUAUUCUUGGUUUAGGCUUAGGACCAACUCCACAAGAUGUAGGCACCCCUGGAACUCAAAUGAAAAUAUCAACAAAGCUUCAAAUGGAAUUGCAAGCUCGCAGUCAGUCUGAGCAAGAGGUUAGAGCCUUAAGACAGGAUAUGAAUCAAAUGAAAGAAAAAAUGGAUCAAAUUUAUCAAAUGAUGGUAGCAGCUCAAGGGGUGCAACAUAUAGAAAGCCCAUCACAACAUGGGUCUAAUUCUUGA